GUAAAUGGUCACUGGCACAGCCACUUCUAUAAAUAGUACUCGCAACACUGAGAAGACGUUGACUAUCGUUUGGACAUUCCCUGGUCCUGUUUCGUCUCCAUAGUGUUCUUGCCUGUGCAAGUAGUAUCGCCUACCGAAUCAUCCACUUAUAAAGAUGACUGGAACCGUGCCUUUUGGAUUUUUCGCAUUGGCGCUAACGGUGACAAGCUGCUUGGCGGCCAUCAGCGAGGUGAAAACUAACAACCCCGUCACACAGAAGCCUGGUCGUUUCCUCAGCCUGCCUGUCGCUCAGAAAUGUAGUCAAAGACCGAAAGAAUUCACUUACAAAGGACGCAAUUACUUCUAUAGUGGCCACACGCAACAGUACAAAACAUCCAAAGUUGAUUGGUUGGAAGCAAGAAAUAUCUGCCGAGAAUACUGCAUGGACCUUGUAUCGAUUGAAACUCAAGAAGAAAACAAUCUCAUUUUCCGACUGAUCCAACAAAACGACGCUCCGUACAUAUGGACCAGCGGACGGCUAUGCGACUUCAAGGGCUGCGAGAACCGACCGGACCUUGAGCCGAAGACCGUGAACGGAUGGUUCUGGUCAGCCACCCGGGGCAAGAUCUCGGCCACCAACCAGACAUCAGCUGGCUGGACGUACAUUCCAUGGAGCAAGAGUGGCCACAAGAAGACACCACAGCCAGACAACGCUGAGUUCGACAUCAAUGGCACAGUGGAAUCGUGUCUGAGCGUACUCAACAACGUAUACGGCGAUGGCAUAGCGUGGCACGACAUCGGUUGCUAUCACGAGAAGCCAUUCGUGUGCGAGGACAGUGACGAGCUCCUCAGCUACGUGGCCGCCACCAACCCCGGACUCCAGCUCUAAACGCCACCUUCGCCACCUCUACCGAUAUCACCACCCUCCCAUGCGAUCAUCAACCUCCUCUCCACCACUGGGUUAAGCGACAGACGCCAUCCUUUAAAAUAUAAAAAUCUUAAUAUACAUCCUACGGUUGUACUUUAUACUCAUUGGCCAGGCCCUCGAAAUUAAAAUCAUAUCCGUGAUAUAGGUGCAGAAGACCAUUUAAACUAUAACUAUAAUAUACCUAGGUAGUAUAUAAUAUUUAAUGCCGUAUUUAGUAACUUAUUAGUGACAUUCAUCAUUGACGUCAUGUUAGAAAAAUAAGGAAGGCUCGUCUAUGAGUAAUUAAUCUAAAGUCUAUAGUUGUAAUUGAACAAACAAAUUGUUUAGUUUCUUUUUCUUAUUCUCCUAUAUCACAUAAUACAACUGUAUUAUGCAUUUCACAUUGUGGUUCCUUUUAAAUUGCUAUUAGUAUGAAUAUACAUCUAUAUAAUACAUCCGACACAACAUAAUUUGAACCAUAUAACUUUGUACUUACAGGUCUCUGUCGACGCAGGGCAUUAAAAUCUUUUAGAACUUAUUGGUUUCUGUAGCUACGACGUGCGUCUUAUCUCUCACUCCUUCCCCGUCCUUCAUUCAUAAUCGUUGUCCAUCGUCAUCAUACCCUGUAUUUUAAUAAUACUAUAUUUAUAUUAUAUUAUACAUGCAAUAUGCAUGGAUAUUUUAAGUUUAUUUUUUUAUCUUAUAUUUUAUAACUGAUGUAAUUCGGUUCGCUAAAUUUAGGUGCGACCACAGUCUGUUGUUGUGGCAACGUAUCAUUCGUUUUUAUAUCUAACUACUGUUUUCGUAUAAAUAAACGUUCGGAUGAUACACA